UCCGGCCCCGCCCGGCGGUUUCCGGGGCGGCGGCGGCGCGCGCGGGACGCGGAGGGAGCGGCGGCCGCCGGGAUCUGCUGUCCUGAAGCCCACAGCACGCUCUGCUGCUCCCCCGAAAUGAUGGCAGAUGAUUUAGACAAGUUUAUUGAAGAUCAGAAGGCCAAGUUGGCACAAGAUAAGGCAGAACUUCAAAAUGAUCCACCUUACAUGGAAAUGAGGAUUAAGGAACCAGAGAAGCUUUCUGACAGUAGCAAAAUGUUAAUCUCCAUGGCUAAAGAAAAUAUACCUCCAAAUAGUCAACAGAACUAUCCUUUAGGUGACUAUGGCUUAAGUUUACCUCUUGGAGAAGAAUAUGAACGCAAAAAACAUAAACUCAAAGAGGAACUUCGACAAGAUUAUAGGCGCUAUCUUUCUCAGGGUAUUUCACAGGCAAAAAGAAAGAAAAAUUAUCUGACUACUGGUGAAGUAGAUCUGUAUACUCAGGGAUUAUCUCUUCCUAUUGAUGAGCGAAAGUCUGCCAAGGAGAAACUACGGCUUGAAAGAAACAAGGAGUACAAUCAGUAUCUCAGGGAUAAAGAAGAGUGGAAUGAAAGGCUAAGGAAAUUAGGGAAGAAAAGCACAGAGAAUGAGAUGGACAGGAAUAAAAAACCUAUUGCUGUUACCAGGUUCUGGCGCCAACCAGAACUACAUACAGAAGUACAGCCCUGCAGUACAGGUGCAGAGCCUCCUAGGAAGGAUGCCUUUACUUCCACAGAAGGUUAUGAAGAGCUGCAGAAUAAGAGAUGGCUGGAAGAAGACAGGUAUCAUAGAAUAGAUGAUGAAGUUGAAUUAAGAAGUCGACUAUUAAAUAAAAGACUUGAUGAAGAUUUGGAUGUUCCUAGUCAAAGACAUCAUGGAUUUGCUAGCCAGUCUGUAAUCCCUGUUAGGAAGCAUCACAGGCUUGACGAUCAUCGCGAUUUUGGUAGAAGAUACUACAGAAUGGACUAUGAGCCUGAGAGGAGUGAAGCAAUGGAUCCUAGAUUGAGAUGUGAAAGCGCUUAUGACAGAAAAACGCCCCGUGUUUUUUAUGCUGAAAGGCCCUAUUUGGAUGGAAUAGUAAGAGAUCUACCUGCAGAUUGUGAAGAUGAAGCAAAGGAGAGAGCAUGUGUGCAGCAGAUCUCAAGAACUGAAAAUUCUAGAAAUCAGGUACAAAUUAGUUCUUCAGCUAAUGAACAGCCCAAGUCUGCAGCCGUAAUGCCAUAUGCAACGAGUCUUGUUCUUGGUGGUCAAGACCGAGAACUUCUCCAAAGGAAAAAAGAGAAAUACAGGCAAGAACUGAUAGAACAGAUGGCUGAGCAACAGCGAAAUAAGAGACGUGAGAAGGAACUUGAGCUUUCAGUUGCUGCUUCUGGAGCUCGAGACCCAGAAAAGAAGCCAGAUAGGUUGAAGCAGUUCGGCUUGACAGCGAGAGCUUCUGAAGAGAAAGUACCUCCUGAAAGGCCUCGAGUGGCUUUCCAAACUCCAGUGCCCGUCCCUUCAGCCUCUCCAGUGAAUGAAGAUUUCCACAGGGGACUGGCGAGCACUCUUGGUGAAAUAGCAGCGCCGAGGCUUGCACCGAUGCCUCCACCACCACCGCCAGCUUUGGUAGAGAACUACAGAACACCUUAUGAUGAUGCGUAUUACUUUUAUGGAGUUAGGAAUCCUUUGGAUCCCAGUCUUGCAUAUUAUGGUACAGGUAUGAUGGGAAUGCAGCCCACACCUAAUCUCGAUCAACCUUUAGGCCAAGCCCCAGCAGAGCAAUCUGUAAGUAACAUUGGACAAAGGAAUACAGGAGACAGACAAGGAAGCGUAGGUGUAUUUUCUGAAGAAAAGACAAAGCCUUCCAAAGAGGCAACAUUGUCUUAUCAACAAGAAUUACAACAGCAGAUAAGAGAGAGAGAGGAACAACGCAGGCAAGAGAGAGAGGAGAAGGAACGCUAUGAAGCCAAGUUAGAAGCAGAAAUGAGGAAUUACAACCCCUGGGGAAAAGGUGGUGGUGGCGCUCCUCUCAGAGAUGCAAAAGGAAAUCUGAUAACGGAUUUGAAUAUGAUGCACAAGCAAAAUGAAGGUACAUUUCGUAAUCCAGAGGCAAGACUAUAUGAAGAUAAAGGAGGUCUUCUAUCUGUUGACCUAAAUUUGGCCUCCCCGAGACCUGAGAACACAGAAGCAUCUACAAAUAAAAUAGCAGGUUUUCCAUUUGCACAGACCUCUCCUUUUGCUCGAGGGAAUGUAUUCGGUGAACCACCGUCUCCACAGCAUCUUAAGCGACAAGAGUCAUACAAGAACUUUCUUCGUCUACAGAUUGAAGAAAAGAGACGUAGGGAAGAAGCAGAGCGAGAAAAACUUAGACUGGAAGAAGAAAAAGAAGAAAAACGAAUAGCUGAAGAGAGGAUGAGAAUUCAAAAAGCAUAUGAAGAUGAACAAGAAGAGAAAAGAAAGAAAGAGGAGGAGCGAAGACUAAAAGAUAAAGAAAUGAUUCGAUUAGAUGAAGAAAGGAAAAAAGAGGCAGAAAAAAGAAGAAAAGAGAAAGAAGAAAAGCAAGAUGAACAACUUAGACAAUAUUUUGAGAAAGAGAAGAUGGAAGAAGAAAGGAAGAUGUUUUCAAGGCAGCCUUCUCCCAUCAUUCCUGCUUUUCAGAACAAAACAAUAAGAAAAGAAGACAGGAUUCCCUCUGCUGAGAGCCGUAUAUCUUACUACACACAAGAUCCUCCACAACUGAGACCUCCUUCUCCACCUGUCCCUGCUAGAAGAAAUCAAUUGCGUGCACUUGAGGAAAGAAAGAAUGUGAUUAAUGAAUUAUCAGAGAUGAAGAAGCAGCUUCGUAGCGAAGAGAGGCGACUGCAGGAACAGUUGCUAAAUGUGGCCAGUGAUGACGAUGUACCAAUUACACGUGUGAGGAGAGAAAAGAAUCCCAAGGACAUAUUUGAGAUGGCCAGGCUUCGUCUGCAGGCUCCAGUAAGGCGAGCUUCAUCAAAGGAGGCACAAGAUCCUGUCAAUAUACAGAAUAUCUGGGAAUUUAAUGAACUUAAAUACAAAGAUGCAGAAACACGUAUGGGCUUGAGGCACAUGUAUCCUGAUCCUCCAAAAGAUGACCAGACCCUAGAGAUUCAACAGCAGGCACUGUUGAGAGAGCAGCAAAAGAAACUUGACAGAAUGAGAAUGAGGAGAGGGACCGGAGAUGGUUCUGCUUCUGGCAAUAACGCACAAAAGAUAGGACUGUUCAGGAAUGAAUCUAAUGAAUUCUUGAAAAAUUCACUGUUGGAAUCUGAUAGUGCUUUCAUUGGUGCUAAUGGGGAAAUGUUUCCUGCCUUAGGAGAAGUUAAUUUAUCACCCCAGUUUCCACUUUCUGCAAGGGAGAGGAGACGAAUAAAGCAGAAAGCUUCGGAGUAUGCUGAGGAUGUUCCACCGAGCCAGACACCAUUGCUGCAGCCUGACAGCUUUUCUUUGCACUCGAACUUCAGCCUUGAUGUUGAUCAGUUGAAAGGCAAGAAUGAAGAACGAUUGCGCAGACUGAUGGAGCUCCAGCAGAAAUCUGCUUACUUAGGUGAUAAUAUUUCCCUAGAAGUGGACGACCUUUUGAAGCACGCUUCAUCUAAUGCUGGCAGACGGCCCAGUUCUGUUGACACGGUUGCAACAGAGCCCUGGCUGCGACCAGGAACGUCCGAGACGCUCCGCAGGUUCACGGACGAACGGUCAAGCCCAGCAAAGCUUUCGCCUGAAAACACACUGCUGAGUUGGGAAGGGCUCUCAACCGCGCACGGCUGAGCCGAGCCCUCGCGAAGCAGCCGUGCCUUCCAGCCGGGGAGGGACCACACAGCACUCCUGCACUUUCCAAGGUCUCUUGUAGGGAUGGUUCUCUUCCAUGUACAUAGUGUGGAGCUGUACCUAGAAUGGAAAAUAGCAAUAAUAAAGUAACAGAAGCUGCAGCGUAACAGAGAUUUAAAGCAGGGAUGGUUUAGAUAUGAAAGUGAGGGAAGAGCUUGGCUGUUUUUGCACUUUUUAUACAAGUUAAGUUUCAGCCUUAGAGCUGAACUUACCACAAAACCAAUGUGUGUGUGUGUGUGUAUGCAUUUGUUUGUGUGUAAAUUUAAUAGUAAAUCAAAGUUAAUUCCUAGCUUUUUUUAUAGCCAGGUUCUCAAACUGUCUGGAAAUUGAGCAGAGAUGCAUUUUGAGCUUUUCCUGAAAGAGCAAAUAACUUGGAAAAGGGAACUUAGUUUUGAUGCAGUGAGGAGUGUUAUCCUGCAUGAAAGCUCAGCAGACUGUUACACGGAGAAAUGACCAUCAGCAAUGUAUCUUGUGUUCCCUACCCUGUUAUGUGCUGGAAAUAGGGAUAUUCUUGCAUAUGUUUAACUUAUGGUUCUGAUUUAAAACUUAAUAAAUUAUUUUGUUACAAAAAAUGUGACAGCAGUGUUAAACAUUCUUAAUUUAUCAUUUGCUUCACCCUACGUUUACUCAUGAAGAAGAAUGCUCAAAGCGGCAGGAAAAGCACAUGGAGAAGUUGCUGAAUAGAAGCACAGGUCUUUCUUCAGCAAAGAUGGGUAGAUGGAAGGAAAAACUUAGUUCAGUGAACUGAAACGCCAAGGUGAAGCAAGGGUAAGGUUGUGGCUUUUGUGUUGGUUAGGAAUUCCCACCCAGCUGCCAAAGCUUUGAUGGGCACGGGAAAAAAAAAAAAGGACAGAACCAUUUGUAAACCGUAUCUUUGUUGUUACUAAAAUGUCUUCAAGCUUCUCUCUCCCUGCUUGAAGGCCAGGGCAGUUCUGUGAUAACAGCAGGUAAGAGCUGCUCGCUAAGUGACUCACUUCAGGGUUGGGUGGUUUAGCUGCUUCCUGGGUUUAGCCUGUUCCUUCCCAAAAAGGAAGUGCCAAAGAAUUCCAGUGCGUACCAUGAGUUCUUGGUUCACAGGCCAAAAGGCCCAUUGGUGUUAUCAGUUUGGCCAGUAAGAAAGGCAAGGAUCUCAGUGAACCCGAGACCUAGGCUGGGUUGUGGAGCACAGGCCUGGCGGCUGCUGAAUCCUCAAUUUCCCAGAGGCACAAAUCCAAAACAUGAUUUUAAGCAGGCAAAGGUUUUAUAACAGUUGCCACCGUAGCACUGUGCCUCUCAGGCUGAAGCCUGCCUUAUGUGUCACAUUUUUCUUCAAUUCACCACCUGCCAGCCCUUCCCUGGGUUUUGACACCUGAUGACUCUUCACUUGCUUCAUGAGUUGAGCUGUGCGAUACACUCACUCCAGGCUAGAAGCAGACCUUGUCUUUUCCUUCUUUCUCAUCUAGAGGCCUACACAGUUAACUUUUAUUCCCUGAACUUUGAUUAGUUUUAUUCCCCCCAGGAACAUGAAGUCAGUGUUACCCCAAAAAGCAGCCUCGGUUAACUGCAAGAACUGUUGUGAAUGCACAGAGUGCCUCGGGAUGGCAGCUGUUUCUUCCAGUUCAAGCCUAGGAUGCUGCAGUGUUGGUGCUUCUUUUCACCCCUGCAGUGACCUGAAGCCACUGAAUUCAAUUAACCUCACAGCAUUUAGUAUAAGCAAUUCCCCUCAUCCUCACACUUGUCCUCCCUUUGGCAUCCAGGCUGCCUCUCAGGCUACUUUUGGCCUUUCCCCAGCUUUCCUUCAGCUUUCCCUGCGUCUCUAAAGCCCAGGUGUGGGCAGAGCCUUUCUAUUUAUCACUACAGCCUCAUCUGCAAAUAAAAGCAGCUGCAACCCUGAGCUCAGAGUUGAGAUGCCCGAAACAGGACACAGCUGGUCCCAACCCUGCUCUUCUGAUAACCAUCACGGACACAAAAUGGUUUGGAGAGCUACAGGUGGACCACACGACCCAGAGCACAGCUGGGCAGUCCUGGCACUGCAAGAAGAACAAAGAAGAGGUAACAGGGAAGAGUCACGAUACCACAGGAGCUCAGUCUCCAAUGAAACAAGACUAAACAGCUAUUAGGCCUUUUCCACCCAAGCAAUAAAUAAGGAAAGGCAGGAGACAGCCAUGCUGUAAAAAAAGUCAUUACUGAAGGGGACUACAGAACAGAAAAACGAAGCAGGAAGGUUUAAAGCAAAAAAACACGCCAUAAAACCCCCAAAUUACCAAAAUUUUUAGAUAAUCUCUUCUACUCGUUGCCACAGACUGCUGAAAUCUUGAACACAGAAAUUGGAAAAGGAAUUGGGCAAACACAUGGAAAAGAGAGACAUAAAUGGCAGAAUGACUGGGGAACAGCGUCAGAACACCUCGAUAAUGGUACCAAGGACACACGAGUGUCACAGCGUGUGACAUCAGUAGGGACAGGCCACGUGACAGUUACAGAAUUGCUGCUGAUCACCAUCAAACAGACAAAACAAACCUCUGGUCUGGCCCAGCACUGUGGUUUAGGGUUUAAACAUUACACAACAAAAUGAAAAAAUAAAAGGCUGGACUAUUGCAAUUAAAGUAACCUCAAUUCUCCCCCUUCUGACUUCAAUAAAUGCAAUUUGGUUUUGCUCCACCUCAAUUAAUGUUAUGGUAGAAUUCUCAGUCACAGGUCAGGCCUUUUAAUUCAACACUGUCUCUUGCGUAGCUGUUUCAUCAAACUGCUUAUGCUUAUUGAACUGCUGUGUUCGGCUACACUUCACCCAUCUCCCAGUUCACUGGCGAGAGGCACAUCCAUUCCUCUCUGCGAUCAGGCUCCCUCAUCCACUUUCUCAUCUUCACGCUUCUCUCCUUUGCUAGUUCCGAGUUCUGUAAGAACACACUUGAGAACAAUUCAACUCCAGUUUUACUUACAAAAUCAAAGAUGCUGACCAGGCUUAAGCUGGCUGAAGUGCUGCGAGUCAGCAGUUGGACCAACUGUGAUCCCAGCCUUUCCCUUCCAUCCACCCUUAUCCCAUAGCCGCCUGUAUUCCUCUUUUAAUUCCCAGAAGGCAGAAGGCAGCAUUAGCCUUUCUGUCUGUGCAGCACUAACAGGGUUCAUUUGACCAGUCCAGCCACAAGCAUGUUUUUUCCUCCUUGUUCUUUUCCUAUUAAACUUACCGCUCUCUUUCACUCUCUAGGUCUUUCCCUAACACCAAGGCAUAACCUGGCCAAACAAAAGCCCCCCACCUUCCUGCCCCCAGUGGCGGGGGUUUGCUCCUUUGAAACAAGGGCAUGAUUCCAAGAAUCACAGAAUGGUUUGGGU